AAAAAAAGUUGCAAGAAUGGGAAGAACCACACUUUUUCACUGUUAUACUUCAUCUCCAGAAUCCCAAUCCACCAGUUCUCAAUCCACAUCUUCAACCAGGUGUUGUUGUAGUUCGCUUUGAAUGGAGUAGUGUGUUGGGAGGAGAGUAAUGGGGCUGAUGUGUGGGGAGGAAAUGGAGGAUGGUGUGGUGCUGAAUGGAGCUGGUGGGAAGGAUAGGAUAUUGGUUUCGGUGCGGCUGAGGCCGUUGAAUGAGAGGGAGAUUGCGGCGAAUGACCCAGGUGUUUGGGAGUGCAUCAAUGAUACGACGAUUAUCUUCCGGAAUAGCCUGGCUGAACGGUCUACGAUCCCCACUGCAUACACAUUUGACAGAGUUUUCCGAGGUGAAUGCAACACAAAACAAGUAUAUGAGGAUGCAGCCAAAGAAGUUGCUCUCUCAGUCGUCAGCGGCAUCAACUCAACUAUAUUUGCAUACGGACAAACAAGCAGUGGGAAGACAUUUACAAUGACCGGAAUUACUGAAUAUACCGUAGCAGAUAUAUUUGACUACAUUCGAAGGCAUGAGGAGAGAGCAUUUGUCUUGAAAUUAUCAGCAAUUGAGAUUUACAAUGAAGCCGUGAGGGAUCUCCUCAGCACUGACAGUACUCCUCUUAGACUUCUAGAUGAUCCAGAGAGAGGGACUAUUGUGGAAAAGCUGACAGAAGCAACCCUGCGGAACUGGAACCAUUUUAAGGAGCUUGUUUCACUGUGUGAAGCUCAGAGAAAGAUUGGCGAGACCUUGUUAAAUGAAGCAAGCUCAAGAUCUCAUCAAAUAAUUAAACUGACUAUUGAGAGUUCUGCUCGUGAAUUUUUGGGCAUGGACAACUCAAGUACUCUUGUAGCAAGUGUGAAUUUUGUUGAUCUAGCAGGGAGUGAACGUGCCUCUCAGGCAUUGUCUGCAGGUGCUAGAUUAAAAGAAGGCUGCCAUAUAAAUCGAAGUCUACUUACUCUUGGAACUGUUAUUCGCAAACUAAGUAAUGGAAAAUAUGGUCACAUUCCAUAUCGAGAUUCAAAAUUGACCCGCAUACUACAACCUGCUUUAGGAGGCAAUGCACGAACUGCUAUUAUUUGUACAAUGUGCCCUGCAAGAAGCCAUCUUGAGCAGUCUAGGAAUACACUUUUAUUUGCAAGUUGUGCAAAAGAGGUGGCAACAAAUGCACAGGUCAAUGUUGUCAUGUCAGACAAGGCAUUAGUUCGGCAUUUGCAAAGAGAGGUUGCUCGAUUGGAGAGUGAAUUGAGAUUUCCAGGAUCAGCUUCUAGCACAUCUCAUUUUGAAGCUUUACUGAAGGAGAAAGAUACUCAGAUUAAAAAGCUGGAGAAGGAGGUUAAGGAGCUGCUUCAACAACGAAAUCUUGCUCAGUCACAGCUUGAGAAUUUGCUUCAAGCUUCAGCUGAUGAUCGAACUUCAAGAAAAUUGGAGGACUUUAGACAGGUCUCAGCACUCCAUGUAAUGACUAGUCCCUGGGAAGAUGAAACUGAAGAGUGGAAUGAGCAUCAACUCCAGUUUUUCAAAGAACUCAACGAACAGGAUGCUUCCUCGCCUAUGUUGUCAACCAUUGGUUCUAAAUUUACUGGUUUGAUCCCACAUCACUCUGACCGUUGUGAAGCUGUUGAAGAUUAUGAAGAUCAUUGCAAGGAUGUUCAGUGCAUUGAGAUAGAUGAAUCAACAACAAGCAGAAGCAAAGGAACUGACCUCUUGGUGCCUGGAAGAGUACAAAGCCAGCAAUCCCUAACUGUGGACCAAGAAGGCAUGGGCUCAAGAUCAAGACCUCUAAGCCAAGGUUCUCCAGCUAAUGCAUUGGAGCAACAACUCCUGCAUGUGAGGAAGACUAUUGACAAUCUUGUCAAACCUUAUCAUGAUGAAUUGUCUCCAAUGUCAUUGGCCAUUGGGUUUGCUAGUUCGCGGGGUUUGACUUUAACUAAAAGUAGAAGUUGUAAGGCCUCUCUUAUGGAUGGUAUGUUAUCUCCUAUGUUUCAAGGGGCAGGUCAGAAUGAUUACACACCACCUAGCAGUUUUUUCAGAGAUUUCCGCGGAAGGCCUGAAGGAAUUCAAAUAAGACCUAUUGCAUUAAACUAUGAUGCUCAGAGUGAAAUACUUUUAGGAAUGAAGGAGAUGGCUCAAAUUCAACAUAAUAAACAGUCUAAUAACAGUCAGGCAAGAGAGCAGGCAGCAAAUGGAGACAUUGAAGUCGCAAGCAACCGAAAAGACGUCGGCAUUGAUCCAAUGUUCAUCUCUAUGGAAUCUCCUUCUCGUUGGCCUGUGGAAUUUGAGGGAAAACAACAAGAAAUCAUAGAGCUCUGGCAUGAAUGUAAUGUCUCUCUGGUUCACAGAGCCUGUUUUUUCCUGCUAUUCAAAGGUGAUCCUGCAGACUCUAUUUACAUGGAAGUGGAGCUCAGGAGACUAUCAUUCCUCAAAAAUACAUCCUUCAGUGGAAACAUCCAUAAAGCCCCAGUUCAAGAUGGUCCUCUCAUCACCCCAGCAUCAAGUGUGAAGAACCUGCAAAGAGAGAGAGCAAUGCUAUGCAAACAAAUGCAAAAUAGACUCUCAUUAGAAGAAAGAGAAAGCCUCUACACCAAAUGGGGAGUAUCACUGCACACCAAACAGAGAAAACUCCAACUUGUCAAACGUCUCUGGACAAACACUAAAGACAUGGAACACAUCAGAGACAGUGCAACACUUGUUGCAAAACUCAUUGGAAUCCUCAAACCAGGCCUUGCACUCAGAGAAAUGUUUGGCCUUACCUUCACACCUCAAAAACCCAACAAGAAGCCAUUCACCUGGAAACACAUUGCCAUGCAUUCUUUCAAAUGAGAAACAAGUCAACAACUACAAACUUAUGAAUUUAUUAUUGUUAUUACUAUUAUCAUCUUUUAUUAUUACAUUUAUUCAGUGUUUAAAGAUCAUUUACUGACUAAUCCUUGUCCUUGUCCAUGUUCAUCUUGAAAUUCACAACCUUUUCAACA